CGACGUGUAAAAUAGGGGUGGUGAUUGACAGUUAAAAGAGGAAGGCCUGCCUCAAUGCAUGUAUCUUUUAUUUUCUCGUACCUUUAGAGGUAUUUAACUCCACCACAAGUGGGUUUCAUCUACAUUUAUGGACAUUUUGUGGGAUUUAUACGCUUUUUAGUGUCGAGUAAAACCACGACACCCCUCUUUUCUUCCCCCGGUCGAAACGCCCAAACGUCCAGCUGAUUGCUUCAAUUAUUCCAGUUUAAACUGAGCCGUUUUGUUUGACUUAACGGAUGGUUUUUGUCGCCAAAAGGGGCCGAGUUCGCCACCUUUUUUCAUCCUAAUUGUGGAUUUAAAACAAGAAACAGGACUUAUUUAAAUGUUUCUCUAACUUGGGCCGUUUUCUUUCUCCUCACUGAAGAAGAACCAGGCCUCAUCCCCCAGCCUCGCGUUUCCAUAUCGGCUUUUUUUUUUGUUGGAAGUCAUGGGAGACACAAGUGAACGAAGCAAACCGGCGACUCUUCCUCCCCGGUGUCCCUGUGGCUUUUGGGGUAGGCUGGCUCACUGCAGCCACGACCGAAACAGGUGACUGACACAGAGGCUUUUGCAGGACCGAACUCUGUCCAGUGAAACCAUGAACCUCUGCUCCAAAUGUUUUGAUGACAUCGAGAAGAAGCCGGGGGAGGACUGCGACUCUAAGCCCCUCCAAAGCUCCGUCAGCAGCCAAUCGGCAGUCUUCAGUAGCGAGACGAGCAGCAGCAGCAGCCAAUCACAAUCACUGUCGUCGCUUUCGUUGCCGCCCUGCAGCUCCGAGCAGCCGUCGGCCGAAGAGCCCUCGCACUCGUUUAGCAGCUCGAGGGAAGGCAUGUCGUCCACAGAAACCGCCCACGGCACGCUGCUCACGCCCACAAAACGUCCUCGGGAAUCAGCGUCGGGCUCUGAGAGCGAGGCGACGCCGGAGAAGCGGCCCCGUGCGGAGGAGAAAGAUGGAGGAGGAGGAGGAGGAGAGGAGGCCCGCGGGACGCCCAAGCAGAAGAACCGCCGACGCUGCUACCGCUGCCAAACCAAACUAGAGCUGGUGCAGCAGGAACUGGGAUCCUGUCGCUGCGGCUAUGUGUUCUGUAUGCUGCACCGCCUGCCCGAGCAGCACGACUGUCUGUUCGACCAUCUGGGCCGCGGGCGAGAGGAGGCCGUGCUCAAGAUGGUGAAGCUGGACCGCAAGGUGGGGCGAUCGUGCCAACGCAUCGGAGAGGAGUGCUCCUAACAACCAGCCGCCAUGAAGAGGAGGAGGAGGAGGAGGGGAGGAGGCGCUUAGGAAGAGAGGAUGAGGAGGAGGAGGAGGAAGAGGACAAAUGGAGAUCAGGGUGGGAGAUGGAAGAGGAAGAAUAAGGGAGCAGGAGGUUGUAACAUCUUGUGUGUGAACUCGGUAUUCUGUUAUGGUCCUGGUUUCCGGCGAGGAGUGUGUUUUGGACUCCUUUCUGGGAGGAAAAUAGGGGUGCGUUCCAAAUGUUCACACACACAGCCUGAACAGAUCCGGUUACAUUAUGCACGCCUCACCACCGUUUCCUCCUUUUCAUUUUUUUCCCCAGGACAGGAAGAUACGGAAAGUUGUAGCUGGAUUUUUAAUUGUUUUGGUCGCGGUGGAACUCUAUCCCACGAUUACUCCUCAGAUCGUUAUAAAAAAGGGGGUCGGAGGAUCAAACCCCGCCUUCCUCCUCCUCUUCCUCCUCCUCCUCCUCCUCCUCCUCUUACUCCUUUCUUCCACCAACAUUACGGUCCAUGCGCAGCGCCACUAACUGCUGGUGCAUGGUGCCGGCGACAGUGUGUGUGAGUGUGUGUGUUAAAGUGACGCAGUCCAAGGAGGCUGUCAUGGUUUGAUUUUUUUUUUUUUCCCCGCUCUGUUUUUACUGACGUCGUGGAGGACGAUACAGCCGGCCCCUGCCUCUGCUCACAUGGAUUGUCGAUAAAUAAUAAUAAUAAUAAGAAGAAGAAGAAGAACCACACUAAUGGACAAGGAUGAAUCCUCGGUGGAGCAGAUCUUCCUCCCCUUCCUUUUUCUUUUCGGAGUAGUACUGUUGUUUUGCAUAACGGGGAAUCGGCUGAAUUUUUUUGUAUUAAAAACGAAGAGUUCUUCUCCAAGACGCCACGUGUUCAUUUAGGAAAACGACGUUCACCCCGAGUGUCUCUGGGGUUGGAGACGAUCAGUUAAAGAGAGCUAAAUCGAAUGCAUGAAUCGCCCCUGAAAUUGUUCUCUAAUUUAUUUCUUGUUUUGUCAUUUAAUUUUUAGGGGGGAAAUGAUCCUUAAAAAAAAUGUUAUAAUUUCCUUUUUAACUUUAUUUCAUAAUCCCUCCCAGAGGUGUCAUUUCUGCUCGUGAGCGCUCACCAAAUGGAGUUUAAAUCAGUGAUGUCAUAUUGAUACGCUUUUGUUUUAGGCUAAUGAAAUUAACCCAAAGCCGGUUAAAUGGGAGAUGUUUUACACUUAAAGUUAAAACAAAGAGUUUGACUCUUAAAUCUCCACUUAAGUAACAGAAUCAACAAUUUUUUUGGUUCUUUUCAGUUACGUUUUCCUAUUGAUUAAUGAACCUUAUUCAGGUCUAAAAUGAACCGUUACAGCAGCAGGUUGUUUAUCUGACAUCACAGAUUCAAACCAGUAAUGAUGCCUAAAGUAAAUUCUUAUAUUGAUUGGUUUUCCCUUUGUUCAUUCAUAUUUGACCACUGUGUUCCCGCUCUUCAGUCUGAGUGUUGGACUUUGUGCUGUGCAUAUUGUUCACUUUCACGCCUUAGGGGUUUUCCACUUAAAUCAACGUUUUGUUUGUUCGUAACUGAACUUGUUUCCUUCUUCAAAUGUUCAUCUAUAGUUUGGCAUUUAGCGCACAUUGUAGAUGCAUUUAAACGCAGGUACGGAAUAUCCUUAAAUGCAAGUUGACGUUGCAUUGUGUACUUUAGGUUUCUCAAGGCGGUAGAUGUCCUUGAAUGCAUCCUUUUUUGAUUUUGCAAAUUAACUUAAGGAAAAGUUGAUUUCAGGUGGAAAGCCCUUAACCCAGACACCACUUAACUUAACUAUGCUAAUCCUCAUGCACACUUUAUUGUUCCGCCUCACCUUUUGUCCCAUGAGAACGCAGCGAGAGAUAAAGGGAGACCGGAGAAAUGUCGCGGCUCGUUCUUAUUUUGAUAUUGUUUUGACGGCUAAUGAGAAAUGGAAUAUCUUUCUUUACCUUUUUUAGAGACAAAUUAUUUAACCUUAUAUCAGUUUGAGUUACUUACACCCUAGCAUAGAGUGGCAUAUUUAGUUAAAUGUAUAAAAAAAAGACCAUAAUUCUGUCCUAUUUUCUCCUUUUUAAUUUUAUCGUGUUCCAUUUUCUGCUAAGGAAAAUAAACUGGAUUAGAGCAUGUGAUGUGUGUGUGUGUGUGUGUGUGUGUGCGCGCGUGAGUGUGUGAGAGUUAAUCUGUGUUUCUUUUCUCCAUAUUGCCAUUUGUUUGACGAAAUAAACCAUAAGCAGAAUAUC